GUAGUUGCAGAUGCAUGUGCCGACGAUAUUACAGCGUCUGCACCCUGACACCUCACUUCCAGCAGAACCUCAGAAUCAUCAGGACCCAACAUCUUUCAAAUGCUCAAAAAGCAUCCCACUUCCUGUUUUCAAAGCGCGCUUGCAGUAGUACCAGAAUAGAUAAUAAGCAGAAAAGUUACUACGAAGUGCUUGGAGUCUCGCAAACUGCGACACAGUCGCAAAUCAAGGAGGCCUUUUAUGAUAUCUCGAAGGCACAUCAUCCAGAUAAACGAACCUCGGGCUCUUCGGUUGAGAAGUUCAAAAGAGCGAAUGAGGCAUACUCUGUACUGAGUGAUGAAGAUCAACGGACUAGUUACGACCAGGAGUUGAGGCUUAGUGAGAGUCCGCUCGGACAGCAGCAGUUUAGAAUGAGACAGAAACAGGAGUACGCGGCGCGGCGCGAUUCAGAAUAUAGCAACGAAAAAUUUCGUAGCAACGAAGGAAGAAUACUAGUUGCGAAAAAGAACCCAAUAGAUCCGAGUGAACUGCACAAGUUCGGCUACAAUUACGAGCUAUGGUCAAUAGGCCACUACGGCAAAAAUACCGGCAGCUGGAUGCCUGAAAACAAAAACAGCACAGAAGCCGAAAACAGACGGAAAGCAGUCAGUAAAGGCCUGGAAGCAGCCAGAGAGAGUAGAGCAAGACUUAGAGCAGGAUCCACCAGUCAAACUGGAUCUACGACUGGGCCUCCGUUUGGUGUGGAAGCUAUUUUUUCAGUCGGAUUAAUUGUUUUAAUUGUUUUGUUUACAAUAGGCUCGAAGAGUUAACGAGUUAAAUUAGAAAUGAUCAAAUUUAUAUUUUUGUAACUA